GCGGAGAGGUCGUUGUCAUCCGCUUCGUCGCUGUCGCAGUCUCCGUCGCCGUCGAUUCAGAGAUCUCUAACUUCGACGGCUGCUAGCAAGAUGAAGAAGGCGUUGGGGUUGAAAUCGUCGAAGAAGAGCGACGGGAAGGAGAGCAGCCCCUCUAGGACGGUGAAGAAGCCAAUGACAAUUGGGGAGCUCAUGAGGGUGCAGAUGAGAGUGUCAGAGCAAACUGAUUCGCGGAUCCGGCGUGGGCUGCUCAGGAUCUCUGCUAGCCAGCUUGGGAGACGCGUAGAAUCCAUAAUUUUGCCACUGGAGUUAAUGCAGCAAUUUAAAAAUUCUGAUUUUCCAGACCAGCAAGAGUAUGAAGCUUGGCGAAGAAGAAAUUUGAAGCUUCUUGAGGCCGGAUUGCUUCUACACCCUCUUGUAUCAUUAGAUAAAUCAGAAGUUGCAUCCCAAAGGCUUAGGCAGAUCAUUCGUGGAGCUGCAGAGAGGCCAAUAGAGACUGGAAAGAAUUCUGAGUCCAUGCAGGUCCUUCGCAGUGCUGUAAUGCCCUUAGCUAGCAGAUCAGCAGAUGGAUUUUCUUCUGAAGCAUACCACUGGGCAGAUGGAAGUCCCCUGAAUCUCCAUCUGUACCACAUGCUGUUAGAGGCAUGUUUUGAUUAUGAGGAAGGAUAUAUAAUAGAUGAAAUUGAUGAUAUGAUGGAAUUGAUCAAGAAAACUUGGGUUGUUCUAGGAAUUACUCAGAUGCUUCAUAAUCUCUGUUUCUUGUGGAUUUUGUUUUGUCGUUUUGUGAAAACUGGGCAAACGGACUUUGAUUUGCUGGUUGCAGCUGAUAACCAACUAAUGGAAGUUUCUAAGGAUGCUAAAUCAGCUAAGGAUGUGGUUUACUCGAAGAUGCUAAGUGCAACCUUGAGUUCAAUAAUGGGAUGGACAGAGAAAAGACUUUUAACUUACCAUGAAACAUUCAAUGCUUCUAACAUUGAAUUCAUGGAGCAUAUUGUUUCUAUAGGGGUGACAUCUGCCAAGAUACUGGUGGAAGACAUCUCUCAUGAAUAUCGUCGCAAGAGAAGAGAAGAAACUGACGUAGCUCGUAGCAGAAUCGACACUUAUAUUCGUUCAUCACUUAGAACAUCUUUUGCUCAGAUGAUGGAGAAGGUAGACUCAAAUAGGCGCUCAGCGAAAAAUCUGAGCAUUUCAGUGCCAGUUCUUGCCAUACUUGCAAAGGAUAUUGGUGAUCUGGCAAACAACGAGAAAGAGAUUUUUAGUCCAAUAUUAAAGAAAUGGCAUCCUCUUGCUGCUGGUGUUGCUGUCGCCACACUUCAUUCUUGUUUUGGGAAUGAGUUGAAGCAAUUUAUAUCCAAUGUCACAGAUCUUACUGCUGAUUCUGUACAAGUACUGAAGGCGGCGGACAAGUUAGAAAAAGACCUUGUGCAGAUUGCUGUUGAGGACUCUGUUGAUAGUGAAGAUGGUGGUAAGGGCCUCAUACGGGAGAUGCCUCCAUAUGAGGCUGAAUCUGCCAUCGCUAAUCUUAGCAAAGCUUGGAUGAAAAUGAGAGUGGAUAAGCUAAGGGAGUGGGUUGACAGGAUCUUGCUGCAGGAGGCAUGGAACCCUAAGUCAACCAAUAGGGACCGUUGUGCGCCAUCUGGAGUUGAAGUUCUCCGAUUGGUUGUCGAAACCCUAGAUGCAUUUUUCCAGCUGCCUAUACCAAUGCAUGCAGCUUUGCUUCCAGACUUGAUGAUUGGGCUAGAUAAAAGCUUGCAACAUUAUGCAACAAAAGCCAAAACUGGAUGCGGAACACGAAAUAGUUUCAUUCCUGUGCUUCCUUCAUUAACCAGAGUUGAAAUUGGAUCAAAAAUCUGGAAGAAAAAGGAUAAAUUACAAAAUCUGCAGAGGAGAAAUUCGCAGGUUGGAACAGUAACUGGCGAAGUUUCCAUUGGUCUGCUGCAGUUAUGCGUCCGCAUGAACACCCUUCAUCACAUCCGAACAGAAGCAGACAACUUUGGGAAGAAAAUAAAAACUUAUUUAAGGAAUGUGGAAUCCGCUGAAUCAGACAUCACGAAUGGGUUUGAAAACAAAUUUGAUCUCACUGUUGCCGCUUGCCAGGAAGGGAUUCAGCAAUUGUGUGAAACCGCAGCAUACAAAGUAGUUUUCAGUGAUCUGAGCCAUGUUCUAUGGGAUUCUCUAUAUGUUGGAGACGCCUCUGGAUCAAGGAUAGAUCCUCUGCUUAAACAGGUUGAUCUAUACCUGGAAACAAUAUCUAACACCGUCCAUGAAAGGCUGCGAAACCGUGUAAUAACUGCUCUGAUGAAGGCUUCUUUCGAUGGAUUUCUACUCGUUCUUCUUGCGGGCGGCCCAUCUCGUGCUUUCUCCCGCCACGACUCUCAGAUCCUGGAGGAUGAUUUCAAGGCACUGAAAGACGUUUACUAUGCUGAUGGAGAUGGGCUGCCAAUGGAAGUGGUUGAGAAGGCUGCAACGCAAGUCAAGAGUGUGCUACCCCUCUUUAGAAUCGAAACGGAAACUCUAAUUGAACGGUUUAAACACAUAAUUACAGAGACGAAUGGUGCCGUGGCGAAAUCCAAGUACCCUUUACCUCCGACUUCAGGUCACUGGAGCCCGGCUGAAGCCAAUACAGUUUUGCGGGUUUUGUGUCAUCGUUCCGAUGACGCUGCUUCAAAGUUUUUAAAGAAAAUGUACAACCUUCCUAAGAAACUAUAGUCUGUUUAUUCACACGGUAUGGUGGAGCUUCUUGAUUGUAUGGCUUGCCUGAGAUUGCAGGAGGAUGGGAUUUUUAGCCUCUUAUUAUGGGUUUAUCUGCUAAAUCUAUCACUUUGGUCUCCCACAAUUCAGAAAGAAUUUUUUGAAUUAAGUUUGGAGAUAAGGUCAUAAAGGCGAGUAAUGUUUACUUUUAUUAUGAUGAUGAUGAUUAUUAUUAUUAUUUAUUUAUUUAUAGAUGUCGGUUUUCAAGAAUGAGUUGAUAUUGGUUUGUGAAUAUUUUUAUUUUUUAGGCUGUGUAUUAUUUAUUUUAAAUGUGACUUAUUUACUAUUUAUGUCAUUAGUGUGUAUUUAUGCUACAACAUGCAUGGGGGAAUUCAUGGAGGCAGGCUUUGGGGCAUUGAGGAGGACAAACUUUUGUAGAA